UUUUGGUUUUCGACUGCGGUGAUGACACAAGCAAUUCACUGCUGAAUUUCGCUUUUAAAACGAUUAAAGUUAAUUUUAAACCAUCAAGAAUUUCAAAAAUCUUAUUUAAUUAAAUUUAACUUUGAAUUAUUCCAAAAAUGGCCAGGGACAAAGGUAAAACAGAGAAAUCGCACAGCGAAGUCCUGGAGGAGCAACAGCGGAGUCUGGCUGCCAUCACCGAAAUCGUGACCGAAUUGGCCCAGGCGCAGAGGGAGGGCCGCGACGUCCAGUUGAACAGGCUGAAAACCAAAAUUGCCUCUAAGCAUGGUCUGCAAAACUCGCCUCGGCUCACGGAAAUCAUUGCCGCCGUGCCUCCAGAGCUGAAGAAGCUGCUCCUGCCCAAACUCAAGGCUAAGCCUGUCCGAACUGCCAGCGGAAUUGCUGUUGUGGCUGUGAUGUGCAAGCCCCACCGUUGUCCUCACGUCAGCCUUACGGGAAAUGUCUGCGUUUACUGCCCUGGUGGCCCAGACUCUGAUUUUGAGUAUUCAACUCAGUCCUACACCGGCUACGAACCUACAUCGAUGCGAGCGAUCAGAGCCAGAUAUGACCCAUAUUUGCAGACCAGACACAGGGUGCAACAGUUGGAGCAACUGGGCCACUCUGUGGACAAAGUCGAGUUUAUUGUCAUGGGAGGAACAUUCAUGAGUAUGCCUGAAGACUACAGAGACUACUUCAUUAGAAAUCUCCAUGAUGCCUUGUCAGGGCAUAGAAGUUCAUCUGUAGACGAAGCAGUAAUGUACAGUGAGAGGAGUCGUGUAAAGUGCAUUGGGCUAACAAUCGAGACGCGGCCCGACUACUGCCUGAAGAAGCACCUGUCCGACAUGCUAAAGUACGGCUGCACCAGACUGGAAGUGGGCGUGCAGUCUGUGUACGAGGACGUGGCCCGCGACACCAACAGAGGCCACACGGUGAGAGCAGUGAGCGAGUCUUUCCAACUGGCCAAAGAUUCUGGCUUCAAGGUCGUGUCGCACAUGAUGCCCGACUUGCCCAACGUCGAUUCUGAGAGGGACCUUUUGCAGUUCCAAGAGUUUUUUGAAAACCCGGCAUUCAGAGCUGAUGGCCUGAAAAUUUACCCGACCCUAGUGAUCAGAGGGACUGGCUUGUAUGAGCUGUGGCGAACUGGCCGGUACCGUAGCAUGCCGCCAAGUGGACUGGUCCAGUUGGUGGCAGAUAUUUUGGCUAUGGUACCCCCGUGGACCAGGAUUUACAGGGUGCAGCGAGACAUUCCAAUGCCGCUUGUGACGUCAGGCGUAGAGCAUGGAAAUUUGAGAGAGCUGUGCCUGGCUCGAUUGCAAGAGCAGGGACUCAGCUGCAGGGACGUAAGGACAAGAGAGGUUGGCAUUACUGAAAUCCACAGAAAAGUUCGUCCAUAUCAGGUUGAACUUGUAAGACGUGACUACAUGGCUAACGGCGGCUGGGAGACGUUUCUCGCCUACGAGGACCCUGAGCAAGACAUCCUGGUAGGGCUGCUGCGGCUUCGCAAGUGCACAGGGCAAGCCUUCCGGCCAGAGCUAAAGGGCGGCGUUUCCAUCGUUCGAGAGCUGCACGUUUACGGCUCCGUGGUGCCAGUCUCUGCAAGGGACCCUACCAAGUUCCAGCACCAAGGAUUUGGAGCCCUACUUAUGGAGGAAGCUGAAAGGAUCGCUCGGGAAGAACAUGGGGCUAAGAAAUUGGCCGUGAUUUCUGGCGUAGGAACUAGAAAUUAUUACAGGAAAAUCGGGUACUCGCUCGAUGGACCUUACAUGUCCAAGAUUCUUGUUUAAUAAUUGCUGACGAUUCAAUACAAAUAUUUUAUGCUGUAUAAUAAAAAUAA